GUUGUGUUUUUAGGUUAAAGGUUUUUCCAUUUGAAUAUGAAAUAUUUUAUGCACCUAUUUACUUCAGAAAUGAGAGGUUGUUUCAGUUUAAUGCUAUAUGCCUAUUACUUAAUAGUAAGAUGGUAGAUAUUAAUAAUACAAUACAAUACUGUAUAUGCAAUAGUCUGUAUAAUAUGUAUAUAAUGCAAUAUGAUAUUGGCAGAAAUGCUGCAGGCAGUAUCAUGAUUUAUUCCUUGUAAUCAUUAUGUCCCAGAUACCUGUGUAUUUUGCCUCUAAGACAACAGGUGUGAUUAAGAAUAUAAUACUAGUAAGCCUGACAGAGUGAGAGUUAACAGACAGGGUGAGUAAGGACUCUUAGGAGACAUUAUUUUAAUGUAUAGCACACUAAGAGAACCUGUAUAUGCAAAGGUCAGGCAAAGUGGUAAUAAAUGUGGCAGUAGCAUCAUUGCUACGUGUCCAGCUUUGCUUUAGGUCUGUGACAGCUGGGAUUUAUUUGAGAAAUCAAGUGUUCUGGUUUAUUUAUACUUUGUAAUAAUUAAGAAGUCAGUAUGACGUAUUCAGAGGCUAGUAUAUUGAAGUACAGGGAGCGACAGAAACUCAUAGACAUGAUAAAAAGCACCAUGCUGGCGCUCGUGCUGGUCCUGUUCCUGGUGUAUGUGCCUUCCUACAUCCAUGGCACAACCACAGAUGAGAAGUCCUGGGUGGCAGAGCUCCAGGACAUCUGGCUGGUACGUCUCUUCCUCAACUUACUGGGAUAUGCCUCAGUCUUCGUCCCUGCUGGACUGCUCAUCAGAUAUCUUCACAAUAACAACUACAAUGAGAAAAUGGGUUAUGGUUUGAUCCCAAAGUGUAUACGCAUUUGCGUGUUUGGGUUGGAGUCAGAAAAGCCUAGCAUAGAAGAGGGCUCUAUUAAAGCAGCGCCACCCCCAGUAAAAGAAAGAACAUUCCAACAAAAUUGUUUACUAUUGACUUUUCUUGCUGUGGGUCUGCAGGCGUCGUACCUUACCUGGGGUAUCCUACAGGAAAGAAUCAUGAAACAUGCUUAUGGGAGCAGCAAAGAUGACCCAGGUGAAAAAUUCAAGAAUUCUCAGUUUCUCGUCUUUAUGAAUAGAAUUUUAGCUCUGUGUGUGGCAUGUGUGACUCUUUUGCUGACUUCAUCACCAAGACACACUGCUCCACUGUACAAAUAUUCUUAUAGUUCUUUCUCCAACAUCAUGAGUAGCUGGUUCCAAUACGAAGCUCUCAAGUAUGUAAGCUUCCCUACCCAAGUCCUGGGGAAAGCCUCCAAGAUUAUUCCUGUGAUGCUUAUGGGUAAAAUUGUUUCAAAGAAAACAUACCAGUACUAUGAGUACAUUACUGCUGCAUUAAUCUCUGUAGGAGUGAGCAUGUUUCUGUUGUCACGUGAUGAAGAAUCUGAUAAAGCACAUAGUUCAGUGACAACUUCAUCUGGGAUUAUUCUCAUGGUAGGCUACAUGGCAUUUGACAGUUUCACAUCCAACUGGCAGGGGGAGCUAUUCAGUGCUUACAAGAUGAACCCAAUUCAAAUGAUGGCUGGAGUGAAUCUCUUUUCUUGUUUAUUGACAUGUACUUCUCUUUUUGAACAAGGAGGAUUUGUAGAAUCUGUUAGCUUUAUGUUAAGACAUUCUCUUUUUGCAUUCCAUGUGCUUCUUUUAUCCCUGUGUUCAGCAACAGGACAACUGUUUAUUUUUUAUACCAUAAGUAAUUUUGGACCAGUGACCUUCACCAUAAUAAUGACAGUGAGGCAAGGCUUAGCCAUAUUGCUGUCCUGUAUAAUAUACCACCAUGCAGUGAGCCCUCUUGGAAUCACAGGAGUGCUCAUAGUUUUUGGUGCCAUUUUCUUAAAGAUAUACUUGAACCAAAGAAUGAAAGCCAAAAGGAUUGCUUCAAAUUCUACUGUGAAUUCACAAAAAGUCUAAGUAUUAAUUUCCUUCAGUCAGAAUUCAUAUGUUUAUUAUUUGUUAUCAUUAUUGAGCAGCACACAAAUUUAAAGGUGUCAAGGCAGUAGAUUGGACUUAUUCCUUGGUGAUACCAAGCUAACUGUCCGUUUAGUUCAGAAAUUGAAAUUGUUCUAAAAUUAUGCAUGUUCCCACAUUUUGACAGGGCCCAAAGUAUGAUAAAAUAGCAGGGCUAUAUGGUCUGGUUUACAACCUUCUCAGCUUGGGAUGUAUGGCAAUUAUCAAAUUAAUGAUGUGAUACAAAGUCAACCUUAAUGAUGUUAUGAAUAAUGCAUUAAGUACUGGGUAUAUUGUGUACUACUUAUGAGUUGUCCAGUGUAUGGGACAUACAGGAGUGUAAUUAUAUCAAGGCACAGCCGAAAUAUGAGUGCACUUAUGUCAUUUGCACUUAUGUCACGUACAGUGGACAGCGAGUAGUUGUAACUGACCAAGAAGUUAUAACUUCUUGAAUAAGCAUUGUUUUACAAUAUGAUCACUAGGUAAACAGUAUAGUUCAAAU